AUGUCUUGGACUAAACCUAGAAUACUAGAGUGGCUAACGAGCAAAAAUAUUUCAUUCGAAGCAACAAUGGUUAAAGCUACUCUUAUAGACAUUGUACGGCAGCACAAGCAAGAACAUUGCGAUAAGUAUGUUGUGGACGAGAUGGCAGCGCAGCAUGGGAUAAUUGUUUUACGUCUGUCCCCAUACCACUGUGAGCUCAAUCCCAUUGAGUUGGUAUGGGCGCAGGCUAAAGGAUAUGUUGCAAGAAAUAACAAAACCUUCAAAAUGACAGAAGUAAAAAAACUUUUUGAAGAAGGACUUCAACAUAUCACACCUGAAAAAUGGAAUAGCUGCGUGUCUCAUAUAAUUAAAAAAGAAGACAAAAUGUAUGGUCUCGACCACAUGAUUGACAAUGUUACUGACAGAUUUUUAAUUAAUGUCACCGAAAGCGAUAGUGAUGAUUUUUUAUCUGAUAAUGAAUAA